AUGGCUUCCAAACCAUGUUAUAGAUUCCUAGGUGAAGAUUUUCAAGAUGAUCAGGACAAGGCGAAAAAAGUUUGGAAGCGUUUGUCUAAUGAGGAUAAACAUAUGUACAAUCAAUUAUUAACAUGCAAUAAUGUCCUUCACGACAUUUUAUGGGAAAACUAUCGAUACAGAAAGUUAAAAAAUGAAGAGUGCGAGUACGUGUAUACAAAACGCGGAAGACUUGAAGAGUACUCACCGACAUUCUUCAAGCCGAUUUCACGCAAUCGAAACCACCAAUCCAUGAGAAAUAACCUGCCUACGUACCCUACUAUAUCCACUCAUUCCUUAUUGUCAAAUAACAAAAAAGUAAGUAAAGAAAAAAAAAAAUCCAAAUCCCCUAAAUCUCAUUCUUCUAAAGACUCAAAUAUGACAUUGGGCACAUCGAAUCAUUCUUUGCCGUCGAAUGACGAAUCCUCUGAAGGCUCGAAUUACCAUGACUUUUCUCCGCGCUCUCCUCGUAUGAUAUUGAACCAGCCAACCGUGUCGUCGAAUGAUAAAGAUAAUAAAAAGUCACAACUCCCUCUCUAUAUGAUAUUGGACAUGUCAGUCUUACCAUCUAAAUAUUCUAAAGAUUAA